AUGUCAGAGCCGAAGAUGAAUGUGGCAACAGAGCAAGGCAACACCAUUGACCUUGAAGUAGUUCCAACUCCGUCAAAAGAGGGCCCGUUGGCAUGGACGCAGGUUAUGGGAGCGUUCAUAUUGAGCCUCAAUACGUGGGGCCUGAUGAAUUCGUACGGAACGUUUCAAGCCUUCUACCAACUAGACAUGCUAAACGAUAACUCGCCGUUGAGUAUCACCUGGAUCGGGCUUACUUCAAAUAUAAACAAGACCAUUCGAGUAACCUAUUUUCGUAUGAGCCAUCGUUCUAAAGCUGGCUGGGCCUAUCCCUGGAACCCUAGUCCCAACGCAAUAAUCUGCACACCUUGGGUCUCGCGCGCUUGA